UAAAGGCUCUGGUGAAUGCUGUUGAUCACCUGGGUACUGUUGCUUCUAAGCUUACUGAUCUCUUUGAUCAGCAGAGUUCUGACAUAUCAACUAUGGAGUUGAGAGCUUCUUGUGUUAGUCAGCAACUGCUUACGUGCCGGACGUAUAUAGACAAAGAAGGUCUUAGACAGCAACAGUUAUUAGCAGUUAUCCCACUUCAUCACAAGCACUACAUUCUACCUAAUUCUGUCAACAAGCG